AAUGCCCUAGUCAGGGAAAUGAGGCAGCUAAGCGACAAGUAAAACAUUGUAAUCAGAUCAUGGUUAUCCAAUUCUAUUCUGUUUGAAAUCAGAUUUUGUGGAUUCGUAGUCGGGUAAUCGGAUGUGGAUUUAAAUUAAUAGAUCGGAUUACUCGGGUCAGAUACAGACAUACCUAUUUAUUUGUUUUUUAGAUCUCUCUCUGCAUAUUCCCUCCCUAGUUGAAAUCCCUUCCCCCUCUGCAUCUUUUUGAUAAUAUAUCUCUUUCUUGUUGGUUGCUUGAAGAUCAAUGGAUCCGGAAAUAGAUUUUCGGACUUAUCUAUCAUCAUCGUCUGAUACAUCUGAUGAUGAUGAUGAUAAUGAGGUAUUUAGUCUUUCUAAAUUGUUUGGGUAUGACGAAGAACUAAAACGUAUUCCUCUAGUUGCACCACGGUGUGAUACACAUGAUGGUGAUGAUUAUGAUGAUUAUGAUUAUGAUUACGAUGAUGACCAUGAUAUGACUGAGGAUGAAUACCGGGUCUACAAGGAUCAAGUUUUGAAGAGCGACGGGUUUGAUGUAGUGAACAUACCUGGUGUCAAUGAGUUCCAUCAAAUUCUUCCAAUGGACAUUACCCACAAUGCUGAAGAAUACGAAUGGUAUUCGCAGCUUGCAGUUGAUGAAUACAACCGUCGCAUCAAGGACACAAAUAAAGAGUUGGAGUUUGUGAAGGUUUUGAAGGCAAUGUCUCAGGCUGCCUGUGUACUCAGGUUUUAUAUGACCUUCAGCGCCAAGGAUCUUGCUGAUGGAGGCAAUAUUAAGACAUAUCAAGCUGUGGUGCUAAUGGGGGUAGGUGCUGAGAUGUCAGUGUUAUCUUUUAGGCUCAAACCUCCUGAGGAUGAACAAGAAGGUUCAGACAGUCAUGGGAAAGAAUGGUUCUGGGAAGAAGAUGACCUUUGUGAUGGUGGUUGUGUUGGAGAUUGAGUAGGUUGCAUCCUUAUGGAGUUAAAGAAGGUUGUUGGCUUAUGUAAUACAUGAGCUAAUUGAAUGACAACUGCUAUUGGCUUUUGCUAAUUUUAUUGUGUUUUUUUGUUUUUUCGCCCUUUGGGUAGACAACUGAAUUUAAUUAAAAUGAAACUAAACAAUGGAUUUUUGUGGCC